AUGGACACCGCCGCAUCCACCGCCGCAUCCACCGCCGCAUCCACCACCGCAUCCACCGCCGCUGACAACGGCCGCGUCCGCAUGACCAUGGACGGCAUCAUGAUCUCCCAUCCGGGCAUCGCCUGGUCCCUGCCGCCCCCGCGCCUGCAGCCUCAGGAGGUGUGCUGCCAGUGCAGCGCCGUCCGCUUCCGCGCGCCCCUGCCCCAGCCGCUGGCCGUCUUCCACUGCCACUGCCGCGAGUGCCGCCGCCAGAGCAGCGCCGCCUACGGCACGUCCGCCGUGUACCCGGCGGCCGGCGUGUUUCCGCUGGACCCCGCGCUGCGGCGCACGCUGAGCGUGUACAUCCGGCCGGGCCAGCGGUCGCGCACGGGGCGGGACAUGGCAUGCUUCUUCUGCACGCGGUGCGGUGCGCGGGUGAUGCAUCGGUAUUUGAAGAGGCGGCGGGGGGCGGGGGACGAAGACGGUGGCGGGUGCGGCGGAGGCGGCGACCAGGUCGGCGAGAAAGACAAAGACACAAUGACAACACGUCCGGACGACACCCCGGCCGAGCCGGUCGACCUCGACGACGAGGCCGUCUACGAUGGCACCACGGUCACAAUCAAGGGCGGCCUCGUCGCCGGCCUCGACUACACCCGCGCCGUGCACAUCUACACCGAGCACGCCGUCGUGCCCAUCCCCGCGGGCGCGACACAAUAUCCGGGAACACCGCCAGAGUCACCGUAG